AUGCCUAGACAAUUUCCAGUCACUUCCACCCAGCCAGAACGAGAAGCCAUGUGGCCGGAAAAGAUGCGCCGACGAUUGGCAUGGCUCCGUGAUAUCGGCGUGAUGGGCAAGGUCCAUAUCGAUGUGCAGCCCGACGGACUGCCUGGAUUUCACGGCAUGCCUCAAGAGGAGAUGGACAGCUUUCUCCCUGCAGUAACGGGUCCUGUGUUGGUGGCACGCGCACUAAGAGAUCCGAGAAAUCAUCCCUUGAUGGGCGGGCCGAUCACCAUCCUCAAGGGCAUAGACCCCGAUACGCAUGUGGCUUGGAGACACGCUCUACAUCAGCUGGUGGCGCUCUGUACUUCCGACACAAAAGCAACAUCUGAGGACGUCACGGCCAUCUUGAGAGACGCCAGGAAAAGCUACCUGGCUGAUUGGGAUGAACUCACCUAUUUUCUCGACACAGCGAAGCAAGACUACCGGCACGUUUUGAAUCCAGAAGAGCCAGUGAGAGCGUGGCUAGCUCAAUGCGUGGCUCGCAUGUUUGGAGUCCAGACUCCUUCAGAACCCGAUGUGAAUUGGUGGGCGACAGCGCGAGAGCAUGUCGAAUUGGGGAACGACGAGAGAUUUUUCGGCUUGACUGACCUUGCUUGGCGACGAUUGCUUGAGGCGGUCCCGCACUUCGAGAGAGAUGGCCAUCACAAGAAGGCAAAGAUAGCGGCCGAAAAGGUCAUCGACCUCGUUGACGAGUUUUUCCAACGUGAGAAGAACAUGCCGAUCUGCGACCUGAUGGACAACGCCGUGUUUGAGGAUGACCCUUGA